AUGACGCCACACGACGAAACCCGCCGACGCAGUGUCUCGUGCUACAUUCUGCAGAACGAGAUCGCCUUCUUCGGCACUCUGUCGGUCGCAUCCGCCGUGCGCGACGUCCUCUUGUUUGGCGAUUUCCCUCUGACGCGCGAGCGAGCCACGUGCGAACGCAUCGUCGUGCGCUUGCUGCGAGAGGCGCUGCAGCGAGAUGAUGUGCCUGCCGAGUUGCUGAUCUGGGCCAUCUACACGCAGACGGCUUUGCAUUGGUUGCGGCGCGAGUAUGCCGAAGCGGAACUCCACGCCAAAGCGAUCCGCACGAUCGCCGGUUCCAGGUCGCAUUCCCACCUCGAGGAGUCAUCAACAUCAGCGUCCACAUCCUUUCCCGCUUCCUCCUCGUCCGGCAACGAAACUUCAACGCCCUGGACCUUAGUUUCAUACCAAGAGUACGACCAUGCACGCCUCGCAGUGCUCGACAUGGAGCGCGCAGACCCCUCGAUUUGGGGCCCGAUGCUGUACCCACGCCAUCCCUUCGCCGCGGAAACGUGCGCCAAGCUUGCGACUCUCCCUCCUGGAUUGACUGCCUUAUGUCGAACAGGGAGCAUAAGCUAUCCUGUCAUCAACGCGCUGGCGAAGAUUUCGGAAAAUAUCGGGUCUGCCAAUCUCGUCUCGACCAACGGCACCGUUGCGGACCGUGCCCGCACUCUGAAUACGCAGAACAGAAUCAGCGCCGCCAUCUGUAUCCGAUUGUUGCAGACGUUCUCAGUGACUCUGGUCGAGCAAGUAUUGCUGCUCGCCAUCUCAGCCUACUGCUUCUUCAGGGGUGGCGAACCCGCGACGUGGCAGAACGCCGACGGUUUCGUCCAAGUAGGCUGCCUCCGGCUCAUGAGCCAGCCGAUACCGGACACCGACGCGAAGGUCAUGCUCUGGGAGGGAAUGGUCCUUCGUACUGCAUAUGGGUUUGAUACCCCAGCGAGGGAGUAUUCCGACCUCAUGUUGCGUAAAGUCUGGCGGUGUAGGCCUGAGCUUUUUGCCGAGCGGUACCGAGUCGUGGAAGAGUUCUUCUGGGAUCGUGGAUUGUCUGAUAUCUUGGACCGCAUACCCUUGUGA